AUGCCAGAUUUUGUGGAUUCUGUCUUUGACCACGCUCACCAACUAGUGAAGGAGACAGGACGUCUAGCAUCAGGAUCAGCAGAUUUCAUCACUAGUAUUAUUGGAAAACCUAUUCCGCCUCCUUCUCAAACCAAUGGCAGUCCACUCUUUCAAAUCCAUACCAAACGAUUAUCAAAAAUAAACCUAAAAGUGGUUUUCUUCACGGCAAUAGUUGGUGGACUUGCAAUACUCGAGUUGCACCGAAAAGCAAUACGGCACAGAAGAGCCAAUUUAUUGCCUAACGGCCGUAGGUUUGAAGUCAUUUUAAUAAUUGGAAGCCCAGUAUCAGUUGUCGUACAAAAACUAGUCAACGAUUUGAACAGAAGAGGAUACAUUGUUUACGUUACCGCCAGAAAUGAGACCGAGGUUAAAGCAAUUGAAAGCGAACGGGAUGCCGAUAUCAAACCUUUGCUUAUGAAUUUUGAAUGUUCAUCAAGUGUCAAGAGUAGUUUGCUUCGAUUUGCUUCUAUACUUGAAACUCCAGAGUCAACCAGUAAUGAGAUUGAAGAGGGAAAAUUCUUUUUGCAUUUCAAGGGCUCAUUGAUAAUACCUGACUAUUUCAGAUAUCCGAAGUAUUCAAGGUUAGUACAGAUCGAAAAACGUGAACUAGAUACUAUCAUUGAAAAUCAGUUCUGGAAAAUCAAUGGUAUUCUCCAAAAUGGUCUGCUAUCUAUUCUUCAGGAAAGCAACUCGAGAAUUAGCGAAGUCGAGAGCUACAAUGGAGUCAAAGUAGGCUGCGGGGGAUGCAAAUUGAUAUUUAUCAAUUUUGUUCCGAUGUCCAUAAGAGAGAAGCGCCGACUAUUUCUUGAAAUUACUUUGAAAGUUAACGAUCUACUUUAUGAUCAAUUAUACGAGGAGAAUUCGAAACAUUAUAACGGAAUACCAUUUCUGCUACCAAAUAAAAACCCCGACUUCAUUCAAAUGACCAGAUUAAGAGUUAACUUUUUUCAGGAUGAGGAAUCAAAACUCUUGACUACAAGGUUAGAUUUUCAAAGCAUAUUGAGCUUUUUCGGAAGAACCAGAAACAAGAAAUUGACCCCAAAACGGUUUCACCAUCAAAUUUUUGACUUACUAAACAGUAACCUAUUCUACAAAAACUACACAAUCCAGGCAUAA